CGUUGACAGCUGUAGUAAGUGCCCGGCGAAUCCAGAACUUUCCCGGCGGACAGUGAGGCUGCAGGUGGAGGUCUGCUCGGCGGUGCACGCUUGUGACUGCAGUACUUGCAUUGAACUUCAUAUCCUCAUCCCCAGGCAAAAUGACGGAGACUGUGGUAUCUCCUCCUACACAAUUAUUUUCUGAUCUUUACAUUAGUGAAAAUCCUCAGCGAUCAUUAGAGGAGCUGACGAAGGCAUUAGAAGAGGGAUCUGACAAUGCAGAAUUCUACUGUCAAAGAGCUUAUGCUCAUAUACUUCUCCAAAAUUUCAAUGAUGCUGUUUUGGAUGCGAAGAGGUCCCUCGAGCUCCAGCCUAACAAUGCAAACGCUUUCCUCCGGAAGGGGGAAGCAGAUUUCCAUCUAGGGAACUACAUGUCAGCACAAGAGACUUUUAAACAAGGACAGACUUUACAUGCAACCGAUUCAACCUUUUCAACAUGGAUAAAAAGAUGUGAAGAAAUAUUAAAUGCCUCCUCAACAGCUGAAUUGUCCACAAGCCAACAAAAAACACCGAAAUACAGGCACGACUGGUACCAAACAGAAUCCCAGAUCAUCAUUACAGUAAUGAUCAAGAAUGUACAGAAAGAUGAUGUACACACAGAGUUUUCCGAAAGAGAGUUAAAUGUAAAUGUGAAGCUUCCGGCAGGAGAAAUAUACGAUUUAAAUCUGUUCCUGUGUCAUUCAGUUGUGCCAGAUCAAAGUACAUUUAAAGUACUUUCAACUAAGAUUGAGAUAAAAUUGAAGAAGGCAGAAGCUAUUCGAUGGGAUAAACUGGAGGGUCAACCAGAACAUCGUGUAAAACAUUUUACACCAGACUCCUUGCACAAAUACCCAUCAUCAUCUCACUAUACCAAAAACUGGGAUAAGUUGGUUGGUGAAAUCGGAGAGGAAGAGAAAAAGGAAAAACUGGAGGGAGAUGCUGCACUUAACAACUUAUUCCAGCAGAUUUAUUCAGAUGGCAAUGAUGAAGUAAAGCGUGCCAUGAACAAAUCAUUUAUGGAGUCUGGUGGCACAGUCCUAAGCACAAACUGGAUGGAUGUGGGUAAAAGGAAAGUUGAUGUGAAUCCUCCAGAAGACAUGGAAUGGAAGAAAUUCUAAUCUUCUCCCAGGCAUACACUCAGAAUGAGAUCUACUCCAGAACAUCACAUAAACACAGUUUUUGUGUUUGUGGCUUCUGUAAAAUGUUAAGGAUUAAGUCCCAAGUCUACCUUUUCCAUUAAUACUGAUUUACGGAAGUGAGCCAGCAUGGGAAUAUGAACUCACAUUUUUAUUGCCUAUCAAGCUAUUUUAUUAGUAAUUGGGGUGGUAAAUGACAUCACUUCUGAUAGAUUGAUGUAAUCCUUUCAUGGUGACCUUACUGAUUGCCCUUUUAUGAAGAGUAAAAUACAAAUGCUGUAUACUUUUUCCAAUAAACUAUCACUUGUUUUUUCUUUUUUUUCCAUA